AUGGUCCAAAAGCCAAACACUGGUGCGCCUAGCCCAUCACAGCUGCAGCAGCAUCCACCAAAGCAGUGGCUCAAGCGCAGCAAAACAUUCUUCGACGUUCCUAAUCCGAAAAUCGUAACAAUCUUUCUCAUAAGUAUCUUUGCCACGUUUUUCUCAGGCAUUGCUUUUGUCUUUGAAUGGAUAUUUCAUGGCAAGAACCAUGCCGGAUUCCAAUGGAUGAUCUACUACGGCUUGUCCUUAAUCUUUCUUCCUAUUCUCAUUUUUCUCGGUCUUGGUAUCGUCAUUGCUGUUACGACCAGGCACGAGUCAAAGCAGGUUGCAAGCUCGGUCGUGGAAGAAGAACAACAACAUGUCGACCAUCCUGCCGGUAAAGGUGGCAAUGAAGAAAAUUAUUAUGAUAAAAACUGUCAGAGUUUGGCUGUUGUGGUUGAUGAAUAUGAUAAAAAGAGCGCCGGCAAAACAUUGGAGCAUAAAACUUUAAAACUGAAACGCGCCGUUUCGUUCCCAUUGCGUAGCCAAGCAAGAUCAUGCCGGACUAGGUGA